AUGUUCGCCGUCGUCUUCGCUUGCAUGGCUCUUCUCCUCGGCGUCCAGGGCGUCCACAACGGCGACGACAUCGACUGGAAUCGUCACGGCUAUCUCGUCAAGGUUUCCCAGAAUGCUCGAAAGUUCCCGUUGUCCUCAAGUAACCAACAGCUUCAUGAAGUAUUGGAAUAGUUGCUAGAAUGAAGUUAAAAAAGCUCAUUCUCAUCUAAGCGAAAAAUAAAAAACUCUAGAAUUUCCUUUCUCAAAAAAAGGGUUUUUUAAUAUAAAGUCAGGGAGUUUCAAUUUUAUUUUAGAACCAAUGAAUUUGUCGAUUCCUUCCAUCUUCUGCUUUUUUCAGACUUUAUCAAACUAAUUGCGAUGGUUUUCUUAUCCAGCCAUGACUUCAGAUUCUUCUGCGAGAAAGGAACACGGACAACGCGACUGCGUGCACUGGAACGCUGAUUUCGCCAUCCGCCGUCCUCACCAGCAUCAAAUGUUUCCCGAAUCUUCCAGAAACGUUUAAAACACAGCGAUAUAAAAAUUCAUAAUUUUUCUUCCAGGACCUACGACGGAGUUUUAAUUAUCGCUCUUCCCAAGACAAAGAAAACAUUGAAAAGAGCCAUGUUGUCAGUUCACGCUGAAGGCGAGGUUGCCGUCAUAAAGAUUCACAAAAUCCAGACCAAGGUUGGGCUCGGAGGAAUUUUUUGAUCAGAUGAACAAUAAUUUCAGGUUUGCGAGCCUGCUCCAGCUCCUCCUCGCGUCGCUCGACUGAACAUCAAGCCGACGCUUCUGAAAACACCUUGGAACCAUGUUGAUCCUUUGGAUCUUGUCUACAAACAUUGCCGUCUUGUAGGAUUCAAAACUGAAGAUGAUCGUGCGUUUAGUUUGUGAAAAAUAUGAACUAAAAAGCCUGGAACUUUGUUUUCUUAAAAACGAUUGGACCAAGGUGAACUAUUUUGAGCUAGUAUUUCCAAGAAAAAAAUCACGAAGGUUUUUUUCCAUGAACUUUUUUCACUUCAAAAACAGUUUCUUCCUCUUCCGACCUCUCAAAGAUCGUCUCUUAAAAGCACCUGUGAGCUUUUUGCUAACAGCUAUCUAGAUGGUCCAUCUUCUUGUCUUUUGCGUGAGGCAUUUAAAAGAGCUAAGAAUGAACAGAAAGAACUUUGUAUUGCCAAUAAAAACGAUUCAAAAAAAAAAGAAAUGGGAACGUUCUUUUUAGCCAUCGACUCGGUGGAAAGCAGCAAGGCGAUGUCGGUUGAGUUGAAACUGAAAGAAGAUUCUGAGACAUUGAUGUUCGCGGAAGUGAGCGACGCUGGCACCGCGUGUUGGGUAUGCCUGAGGCUUCGAAUGUUGAGAGCCAAUGUUUUGCUUUCCCAUGUUUCGAACAUUUAGUUAUAAUUCAAUUCAUAUUUUAGAACACUUUUGCAGAGAUUCCAAAAAAAAAUAUCUAUGGCGACCAAAGAGGUUAGGUAGAAAGGCAGUUCAGAGAUGCAGUUCUGUCUUUUCAGAAUCUCUUUCAGCUCAAAUAAUUCGACGCCUUCAUGAGUGUAGUUUAGUAGUACUUUUUUUGAGCAGACUAGUUCUCAAAAAAACUCCAGAAGACUUUUAUUUUCUUGAUGUAUGAAACAAAGUUCAGGACGAUAUUGGAGCUCCUCUCGAAUGUGCUCUCAACGAGGAAGACGUGUGGGUGCAGGUCGGCUUGCUCGACUCGAUCUACGCGCAGCCAGUGAGUUUCAUCGAUAAAAAUCAUCCGUAUUUGUAAUGAAGGCCGCGCUGAUAACAAAGCUGUUGGAAGUGUCCAAACAGAUCGUGAAAUUUGAUCGUUGCCGCUUUGAACUUGGAAAGUUCACAGAUCUGCCUGAGUUCCAUAAAAAUCAUUGUUAAUCCAGUUUUCAGUGAGUGAAAAAAAAGGAGAAAAGUUUUGGAAACAUCUUAAUUAAGCCUGAUUGUUUACUGAAAAAGUUUUUUCCAGAGAAAAUCGCGAUUUUUGAAGCGUUUAAAAAGUGGAUUACCGUUUCCAAAACAUUCUUGAACACCACGAAAUUUUUUCCCUCAAUCUUAAAACUAUUUGAUUCGACUAUACUCCAAUCAAGCUGUAAUAGAUUAUAUUAUCAAGUUUCCCCUAUUUUUCUCGAAUUAUUUUUGAUAUCCCGGUUUAUUUUUUUCAUUUUGCAGCCCAAUGAAGACUGGGACGUUUCGAAUGCAACUUGCAGUGAUAUCAAGGUUUGUAUAAUCCUUAAUUUUUUUGUUUGAUCUCAUAAUUCAUCAAUAGUAAGCAACAUUGAGAAAAAAGGCUUAGAACAAAAACAGUCCUUUGAAAUCUUAUUGAGAAGUAGUAGAAUAUUUUGAUGCUCUUUGGCAAUUUUUUUAAAAAUUUUUUUCGGAAAAAAAUAAGAAGGCAUAUUUUAUCUAGACUCCAAGUUUCUAGCAAAAAAGUUCGGUCAUACGUUCAACUUCAGCUAUUACUUCAAUCCAGCAUUGAUAAACAAGGAAGAUUAGUUCCGGACUGAUCGCAAAAAAGUCGUCUGUGCUCCUAUCAACCAAAACAAGUGCAUUCGGCACAAAGAACAAAGAAACCCAAGGACCUAAGUACAUGUAAAGCCGACAAAAACAACAUGAGGUCAAGUAAUACGCCGAACAAUCGGAUUGGUAUAAUGUUUCGUGGCGAGGGCGGUGGCGACGCGUCGGUUUUUGGCGCGGCGUCGGCGGCCCCAUCCGCCCACUCGAGAGUUUCAGACGAUGCGGUUCGCCGUCUUCGCCGACGAGUCGCUGCCUCGUAGCGUCGAGCUCAUCGACAAGGUCGGAGUCUUCGCCGUCUACGACGAUUGCGAGUUCUAG